GGGGGUUCGCAUAAAGCCGCACUCCUCCCUCGGCACCGGCCACGCGAAUCUCCUCGCCCGCUCGCCGUGUCGGCCAUGGGAGGCCCUCUCCUGUUGACGCUGCUGCUGCCGCUGCUGCUCUGCCUCGCCGCCUUCGCCGCGCCGCCAGGCCACAGCCUCGACGAGCUGCAGCCGAGCGGUGCCAUCUGGAGCUGGGAGGGCGACUCGGUGCUGCUCGACGCGAACUUCGAGAGCGGCGGGAUCCUCUCCUCGCUGCGGUGGACCUUCAACGGCAGCGUCGUCGUCGUGAACGGUAGCGAGGUCGCCGAGCGCUACCGAGGCAGGGCCAGGCUGGAGGCCAACGGCUCCCUGUGGCUGCAGCGCGUGGCGCUGGGGGACUCGGGGGUCUACCGACUCCACGCCGAGGAUGACGGGAGUCCCGCGAGCGCGCAGGGAGCAGUGGAGCUGAUCGUCUACCAGAUCGACGACCCACACGGCAGUGUGAACAAAUCGCGAGCCUCCGUGCGGGGCAUCUCGCCCAGGAAAGGGAGCGUGUCCAACACCGUGGGUGCAAUUGGCGAUGUGACAGCGGCUGGCAUCAGUAGUGGCCUCAGUGCUGGGGCCAUCGCAGGCAUCGUCGUAGGCAUUGUCGUCCUGAGUGUUCUACUAUCGCUCAUAGGCUACGGCUGUAGCGAUAAGUCAGGGUGAGCGAAGAGAUGGCAUCGAGGAGCUUGACACGCACAGGUUGAUACAUUGAUGGCAAUCUCGGGCACAACACUGAAUAUCAAGGGCAGGAGUCUUGGGAUGGGGGUUCACGCCAAUUCUGACCAAGGUCAAUGCAGGAUGAACGUCUUAAACUCAGGGCCUAAAUCACGGCUCAGAUACAAAUAAAAUCAUGGCCCAAGAUCCAGAUGUAACGGCAACUUCGAAAAUGCAUCCCCCCCCCUCCAUUGGACCCCCUACCCCCCCCCCCCCACCAGACCCCCUACCCC